CAAAAAUAACGGAUUUUCUGUUUUCUUUUGUGAAAUUUCGUUCAUUUCCAUUUGAUUGUUUCCUUAGUUUUCAAUUCUUAUUUUGUUUUAUUCCUAUUUUCUGUUUUUCAUUGAAGGUUCUUUAUUUAUAAAUAAACUUUCUCGGUGAAUUCAAUAACUUGUGAGUGUUGAAUGAUCAUUGAUUGCGUAUCAUGAGCGCUCCUCUCCAUGUAGAAAUUGUACAAAAAAGAUCAAGUCGCGCAAGCAAGGACUUCAUAAAAGAAACGGUGCAUUGUCAUUUGGCAAACUUCGCUUCUAUAACGCCAGGGGCGACGCUCUCCAGGGAGCUCGAGGACGCCGGAAGUCUCAAGGAGCACGUUCAAUCCAUCAGCUUCUGCGAUGCGGAGCACGAGUCCGAAGUCGCCCCGAGCGACUGCGAGUUCGUCUACCACGUGUUUCGCCUCGACACGUUCGGCGCGGAGACCGACACGUUGACCGAUGCCGCGUCCGGCGAGGAACUGGCGGCGGCCACGGUGUGGGCGCUGCCCAACGAAGAGUUCCACGGGCUGUGGGAGAGCCUCGUGUACGACACGCGCCUGAAGGCCGACACGCUGCGCUUUGCCGAGGCCGCUUUCUCAUUCGCGGAGCGCGGCGUGGAUCCCAACGUGGUGGGCGUGAACCGCGUCGUGCUGCUGCACGGACCUACCGGUACCGGCAAGACGAGUCUGUGCCGCGCGCUCGCUCAGAAGCUGGCCGUGCGGCUUUCCGAGCGCUUCCCGCGUGCGCGCCUUCUGGAGAUUGAUGCGCACAGCUUGUUCUCCAAGUGGUUCUCGGAGAGCGGCAAGCUGGUGGCGCGCCUGUUCGCGCGCGUAGCUGAGCUGGCUGAGGACCCUCGCCUGCUGGCCGUGGUGUUGGUGGACGAGGUGGAGUCGCUGGCGGCGGCGCGGCAAGCGGCGCUGCGGGGCCUGGAGCCGUCGGACGCCGUGCGCGCCGUCAACGCCGUGCUGACGGCUCUGGAUCGGCUGCGGCGCUUGCCCAACGCGCUGCUGCUGGCCACGUCCAACGUGACGGGCGCCAUCGACGUGGCGUUCGUGGACCGCGCUGACGUGAAGCGGCUGGUAGGGCCGCCGUCGGCGCGCGCUGCCUACGCCGUGCUGCGUAGCUGCUGCGCCGAGCUGGCGACGCGCGGCGUGCUGGCGGGGUGCACUGCGCCGCUGCCUCUGCGCGAGCUGGAGAGCGUGCGCUUCCGUGAGACGGAAGGCACGGCGCAAUCUCUACGGUUGUGGCGCGUGGCGCGCGAGGCGGCGGCGGAGCAGCUAUCGGGGCGCGCGCUGAGGCGCCUGCCAUUCUUGGCGUGUGCACUGCAUGUGGCGCCACGCACCCGCCCCACGCUGCCGCAGUUCUUGGACGCACUGCACACCGCUCUGCUUCAGCACGCCGCCGAUGCUGCCGCCAUGCGCGACGCUGAUGAUCCAGACCAUGCUCUUAAUAACUGUAGCGUUAGGAAUGGGACCUGUGAUUAGUUUUACGAAAAGAAUUUUAUAUUUUUGAGAAAUUCCAUUAUUUUAGUUUAUUACUAAUUAAUUUAAGCAAGUUUGUAAUUGAAAUAAAUAUGCCUAUAAUUUGUAAGUGUUA